GCUAUUUGUGAUGGAAGUGGGAGGAGUUUUGCUGGAUGAAAGUAGGCGCUAAAAUGUUUUGCAUGUGUGAAUGCUAAGUAAAGGGCAAGGCUUGUCAAACAGUAAAAAAGAGCAUAAACAAGAUGAAUGGAUGCUGCAUACCAGGUACACUACUUGCUGUAGACUAUUGGAGAACACGGAAUUGUCCGGCAAAGUUAUUCUUUCUUUCCCAUAUGCAUGCAGAUCACACAUCUGGACUCUCCUCAUCAUGGAAGGAUAGAAUAUAUUGCUCAGAAAUCUCAGCCAAACUCCUGAAGGCUAAGUUUAAUAUCAGAGAUGAGUUAAUAUGCCCUUUAGAGACUGGCAUGAGUCAUGUGGUGGAUCUUGAUGUCUUGAAUUCUAUCACAAUUACGGUCACUCUAAUAGAUGCACAUCACUGCCCCGGAGCAGUUAUGUUUCUGUUUGAAGGAUAUUUUGGCACCAUUUUAUAUACAGGGGAUUUCAGGUUUUGUGAUGCAAUGCUAAGAGACCUUGAUAUUUUAAGUGGUAAAAUCAUCGACGUCCUUUACUUUGACAAUACGUAUAAUUCAGAAGAGUUUUAUUUACCAUCUCGGGAAUAUGCCAAAGAACAAGUUAUGCAGAUCAUUGAAGAUAAUCAAAACCGUGAGAUCGUUCUUGGUAUGCACUCUCUUGGCAAAGAAGAUCUUUUGGUUGAUAUUGCCAGGAGAUUUCAAACUUGGAUAGUUGUAAGUCCAGAGAAAAUGAGUCUUGUGAAAUUAUUAGAUCUUCCAGAUGUCUUUACAACUGAUAUUAGUGCCGGUUGGAUUCGAGUUGAAAAAAAUAUGAAAAUCACCAAAAAAAAUAUAGCAAUCUGGAACAAAGAGCAAGACACUAUUGCUAUCCUGCCAACAGCUCUGUACUUUAACUCUCAGGAUUAUACACAUACAUCAAACAUUCAUGUUGUACCUUAUUCAGAUCACUCCUCCUACUAUGAACUUUUGGAAUUUGUGGCACAUAUAAAGCCAAAAAGACUCAUUCCAAUUGUAAAAGAAGGUAACUCAUACGCAAAGAGAAGCAUUACUCACUUGCAGCAUUUUGAUACCUAUCUGGACCAAAGUCCUCAAUUUUUUUUUACUAUACCUGAAGUGUUGCAAAAUAUUUCUUUUAAUUCUGUACCUACUGUUAAAAAUGUGACUCAGAAGACAAUAGUUAGUGGAUCAAAGAGGAAGCAUUCACUUGGGGUGCAGUUCUAUGACUCACCAGAAAAGCAACAGGUGCCAAAACGACCUAAAUUAGAUGAUGAAGAUCCCACUGAUGAAAACUGUGUAUUCAAAAAAAAUAUAGAACUUUCAAUGGUUGAGAUGAAUGAAGAUACCACUGUGAUAAUGAACGUAGAUGAGAAUUCCCAUUUACUUGGAGAAAAUUCACACCUUACUUGUGUUACUCAGCAGAAGGAUGUUUCACAUUCAAAUAUCUUGUACUAUUUUCAGAGAAAAGGGACAACUUUAUCAGAUAAUCCUGAAGUAAGAUGCAGUACUUCUCCAAAAUCACUUUCAAAAACAGAGCACAACCUAACAAAGGAUUAUUUAAGCACUGAAAAUAAUUGCGGCCAAAAUGAAGAAGUUGAAGCAGUAAAAACAGAACCAAUAGGAAAUCCACAAGAUCCUCGGGGUACAUCAGAACUAACUUCACCAAAAUUGUUUGUGUUGCCAGAAACAGAACAGAAACUGAAUGAUGAUUUAAGCACUGAAAAUAAUUGCAGCCAAAAUGAAGAAGUUAUAGCGGUAAAAACAGAAACAUCUGAUAACACUCAAAGUUCUUGGGAUGCAUCAGAACCAACUUCUCCAAAAUCAUCUGUGUUGCCAGAAACUGAACACAACCAUGAUUAUUUAAUCACAGAAAAUAAUUGCAGUGAAGGUAAACAAUUUAUAGCAGUUAACACAGGAGCAUCUGGCAAAUCAUAUUUUCAGGAUAAAGCAGGACUGACUGCUCCAAAAUCAGUAGUGUUGCCAGAGUCAGAACAUAACUUAAAUGCAGGUUCAAGCACAGAAAAUAAUUGUAGUCAAGUCAAAACAAGAGCAUCUGGCAACUCAACAAAUCCUUGUGAUACAUCAGAACUAACUUCUGCAAAAUCAGUUGUGUUGCCAGAAACAGAACACAAUCUGUAUAAUGAAAAUCAUAGCAGCCAAAUUGAAAAUAUGAUAGGCUCCAUAAAAACAGGAACCUCUGGUAACCCACAAGAUUUUCAGAAUACAUCAGAACUGACACCUCUAAAAUCAGUUGCGUUGCCAGACACAGAACAUGACUUAAAUGAUGGUUUAAGCACAGAAAAUAAUUGUCAAAAAGUCAAAACAGGAACAUCUGGCAACUACCCAGGUUCUCAUGAUGCAUCAGAACUGACUUCUCCGAAAUCAUCUUCGUCGUUGUGUUUAAGAACGGAAAAUAAUUACAGCCAAGGCAGAGAAGUGAAAGUAGAAACAGGAGCAUCUGGUAAUUCCUCAGAUUCUUUAAAGUCAACAGAACUCACUUGUGUUUCAAGAGCUGCAAAAUCAUCUUCAAGUAAUCCAGUAGAACCCUCUUUCGAUUUAAAAAAAUGCCAAAAAGUAACAGACACAUCUGAUCAUAGGUCUUGUACAGCAUCAUGUUCCUACAUAUUAUCAAUUUCAGACAUAACCGAACUGCUUGAGUCUCAGGUGGAAACUGCAAUGCUUGAUGAUUUAAACAGUAAUCAUAAAGUGGAUGCAGAAUAUUUCAAGUCUCUAGUUAUGGGAUUAAAACCAGAGCACAUGAUGAAGACCAAAGAGGAGAAACAGCGAUGUUUAUAUGAAGCCUUCCAGAUGUUCUGAUGACUACUUGAUACCGGAAUGAAAGAUUGGUUUUAAAUGCUCCUCGAAUUGGCACAAUUAGUUUUGCUAGGUGACGUUGACUGCAUGACACAUCGCUGAACUCUGAUCACAUGAUUGAAUGACCUUUGGAACAUGUUUGGGUUUUCAGCCAGUACCAAUCUGCAAAAAAUAAAAAUUGAGAGAACGAGUUCAGCACUAUUACUAUGUAAAUGUUAAAAACAAAUCUAUAGAUUCGCUAGUAUACAAUUAAUGAAUGUUUAUGAGUGCAGUGGGAAGAAAAUUUUCAAGAGUUGCAAGAUUGACUGUUUCAUUCAACGAGGCGGAGCCAAGUUGAGUAGCACAGUCAACCUUUCAACGAAUGAAAAACAAAACAUUCAUUUUUUGUUUUAUAACACACCUAAAUAGAUCGGUUCGGCCUAGCCUGGCCUAGGCCUAUCCUCGCAAAACCUAGGGCUAGACUAGAAAUCAGUCAUCGCAUUUCGGAAUUUAAGAGCCGAAUUCCUCACAGAUUUUGCGCAAGUUUGAGCUAGUUUUUGAGGUAUCAUCCACGCAAUUAAAGUACAACUGUUUACAGUAAACAAAAUCUCUAAUGCAUUGCACACUGCUAAGUUCAGCGAGAAGUAGGCCUGAGAAAUGUUAAGGGUGGUGUGCGACAUCAUUUCAUGGAUUUAACCCUCUGGAAAAGUCAGUCUGGCAUCUUUUUAACCAAUCAAAAGAUUGUAUUAGGUUGAAGUCAUUUCGUUUCCAUAGGCAACGUGCAAUGGAUGAUUCGGAUGGAAGAAAAUGCAAAAUAACUAAUAUACCUCUGGUACAAAAUCAACCAAUCAAAUUACUGGGAUCUAUUUAGGUGUGUAGUAAUAUUGGUUAACUUAUUUUUUAUUGUCAUUGAUGUCGUAGUAUCUUGUUCAAUGUUACUUAAUGGUAUCUCCAAAUAAUAGUUUAAAAAUUUCUUGUUUUGCAGAUGUAUAUUGUUAUUUAACUUUCAACUGAAAAUUACUUACAUCAAUCAAAAAAGUGUUUAAAUAUUAUAUUUCUUCAAGUCUUUGCAUACAUUACCCACCUUCAAGUUUUUCCGUUUAUCACCGCAAGCCAUAAUAUUCUUUCCAAUUCGCCCCUAGACAGUAGUAUUUCAAUUGUCUUUCAAAGUAAGAUUUGUGUUGAACCCAUUUUAUUUAUAGAUCAAGGUCUGCGGCGAUUUGAUGUGGCUGAACACAGUAUCUGCAAUCUUUUUGAAGAACAAUUUGUUGUAUUAUUUCACAAAGUUUGUUUUUACAGUCACAUCUUUUUGCUGUGCAAUUUUUAUGCGCCCCUAUUUCUCUAUUAUUUAUUUGCUUUGGCAUUCUGUUUUUUAAAUGACUACUCACAAAACGGAGAGACAAUUAGAAAACUGUUAGUGGUAGUUGCCAGGUUCUCUAAAAUUUACAUUUUAAAUUUUACGAACAUGAUCUAUACAGACUAGACCAUCUCCUUUUUUGUCUGUUUGUACAAUGAACGGCGCAACAAGAUGUUGGCAUGACCGUUGAACCUUCUUGGAUGUGUUGAAGUAAGCCAUAAUAUGCUUUCUAAUUCCCUCCUAGACAAAAUUCUAUUCAAAGUUGACCGUCUCCUUUUUUGCCUGUUUGUAAAAUGAACAGCGCAACAAGAUGUUGGCAGGAUCGAUGAAUUUUCUUGAAUAUGUUGCUGUAAGCCAUAACAUUCUUUAUAAUUCCCUCCUAAACAAAAUUCUAUACAAAGUUAGACCAUCUCUUUUCUUUUGCCAGUUUGUACAGCCAACAGCGCAACAAGAUGAUGGUACCCUGCUAUCUGUUAUUUGGAGUUCCAAUGUACAAUUGAAAUAAUUAUUGUUCCUUAAAAACAUAAUGAGUGCUACUAAAUGUGAUGGCCAGUUUCAUAAAAAAAAACCAAAAAAACAAUAAAACAAGAGAAAGCCCACAUUGCAAACAUUUUGUUUUGCAAUGUUUGUGAGAAAUAAUCCAGGAAAAUGCCUUAUUAAAAUAUAGAAAAUUAGUAUUUGAAUACAGAAAGCUAAAUUUCAUGAAACUUGAGAUUGAAACAUGAUUACAUUGAUAGAAAUUAAAAGAAAAGGUUAUGCAGCUUGAUGAAUGCAUGCAACAUACCGCAUUGACGACUUCUUUUGGUGAUAUUUCACUGACCCUUGUUUGUAAGUCUUUGAUUUUAUUUUAGGCAGACUACCAUCCAAUGUGAGCGGUCUAUGAUAGGGCAUCCGCAUCUUGAUUGGUGAAUUUUUAUCGGAUGGUGAAGUCAAAGUUAGCUAUUAUGCAACCACCCACCUGUGUCCUGUAGCAUCCAUACUGUAGCUCAUGUCCGAUGUUAAAAUAUAGGUUAGUGGAUUGCUGUCUGUCAUUUACUUUGGUGCCUUUUAAAUGUUACAGCUCCAGGUAGUCUUUAAAUAGUCUUUAUUUUAGGCAGACUACCAUCCAAUGUGAGCGGUCUAUGAUAGGGCAUCCGCAUCUGUAUUGGGCUUGCCUGGCUUGUAUCGGAUGGUGAAGUCAAAGUUAGCUAUUAUGCAGCCACCCAACGGUGUCCUGUAGCAUCCAACUUAGCUGAUACUGAUGUUAAAACACAUGUUAGUGGAUUGCUGUCUGUCAUUACUUUGGUGCCUUUCAAAUGUUACAGCUCCAGCUAGUCUUUACAUUUUUUAGUAAUGGCCAAGCUGGAUAGUUUCGCUUACUCUGUCUAACAGAUCGGCUGGCAUAUACGCUACAGGUUUUUCUUCUUGCCUUCAAACGCUAGCAGCAAUAAUGCUCCAAAACCAUCUCAACAAGCAUCUAUAUAAAGUACAAAGGCUUGGUUAUGUAGGCAUAUACCAAGACUGUGGCAGAGGGUAGUUUAGAUUUUAACUGCUCAAAUGCUCUACUACAUUCAUCUGUCUAAUGAGUACAGUAAAAAAGGGCUCUGAUUACUUCUUUAAAUCCAGAUUUGGUACUUUCUUCUUGGGUUUGCUUCAUUUAGCUGUAAAGGUAGCACUUCUAGGAUAACCCUCUACAAACCUCCUAUAAUAUUUGGUUAGCCGAAGGAAGCUCCUCAGUUCUUUGGCAUUUUGGGGUGUAGACCACUUCUACAUGCUGAGCACUUAUUCUGGAUCGAUUUGAAUGCCUGCGUCACUCAUUAUAGGCAAGGUAUGUCACUGACUUUCAGAAGAAGUCCACUCUAAUAAACAUACAUGAUCUACAUAAGACGCAAACUGCAUGUAAUUUUCUUUUUUACAACAAACUUCCACCAGUAACGUCCAGUCCUUACAAAGUUAUCCAGUUUAUGUAAUAUAAAAAAAUGUACUUUCUUUACUUUCAUGUUUUCCUCAUCAUUGAAAACAAAGGUGUUACAUCCAGUGCUGCAUCACCGAUUACUUGCAACAUAGACGUCUGGGUGGCAUCAGCCUUUCUUGAUAUGCCUGAGGCUACAUUAUAUAGUAAGAAUCUCUGCUUAAACUUUCUCCAAUUCUUUGCCACAUUGCCAGUCAGGUGGAGUGGUGCUAGGUGUGCU